AUGUCACCGAAAGAGAUGCACUGUCCUCAGGAAUUACAACUCAAUAAUUUUUCAUUAGAUUAUUCAAACCCAAGUGUUUUUUACACGCCCAGAUUCCUCGGAAGAUAUGGGUUUAUGACGUGGCGUUUUAUUGUGUGUAUCACACACAUUGUUUUAAUGAUGCUGAUUUGGACAUAUCACGAACACACUGCAGAGGCCCGCCUUAAAUUAUUCAUCUAUUACGCUUACUGGAGUUAUCUGCUCUUAGUUUUGAGCACAGUCGUUGAUCUCAUUCUCGUCAUUUACUGCGAGGCUUACUUGCGACCAACAGAAGAGAGGAAGAUUUUAUUACGAAGUGAAUCGGAGGAAACAACGACUCCAUGGUACAUGAAGCUAUGGUGGACAGUAAUGAAUUUGGCAUACCCUUCCACUUUUAUAUCCACGAUACUCUUUUGGGCAUUCAUCCAUCCACACAGGCCUGCCGGCAGUGUUGAUGGUUGGGUAGUUAUUGUCCAUCUGGAAGGGUGUCUCUACAUCGUAGUCAACAUGGUGUUUUCCCGAAUACCUGUACGCAUCUAUCACACAUGGCAGAUUGUGUCUCUCAACGUCGUCUACGGCUUUUUCACCUGUUUCUACUACAUUGCCGGUGGAACCAAUGAAUACGGACAACGUGAAAUUUAUUAUUUCAUCCAGUGGAAGAACAGAAAGGAAAUGAUGCUUAACGCCUCCCUGGCUCUCUUCGUCUCUGCUCUGAAACUUGCUUCCUACAUAAUGCUUGCUUGUAAAGACUAUGAGUGCAUGGACCUUGUGUCAGGGAUGUGUCGUCUAUGGCGAUGUCACUGCGAUAAGUAUCACCAACAGAACCCACGAUUACCAACUGAAAAAGACAAAAGACAUGUUAGAAUGCAAGAGACAAUAUCUAUCUAUCUAUCUAUCUAUCUUCAUCGGAGAUACACUAUUUUUACUUGA